AUGGCGCCGGGGCACAAACACGUAGUCAAGAAACGGGAGCGUGUCGAACUCUAUCGCUGCCGCCUUACUCGCGGUGGGAAGAAGGGACGAUCAUUGCUGAAGUUAAUCCCUCACACCCCUACCAAAAAGCACCUAUCCCUUUCACCACGAAAACAUUCGUUGACUUUGUCAAGACACCAGAAUUCGUCGACCCAGCCUGUGCGCACAGCGGACGAGUUCGAUCAGGGGGAAUUUGUCCAACUCGACUUCGACGUGUUGGGUACAUCUGGAUCGAAGACGACCCACGAGUACAUGGGCGAAUGGGUUCCCAAAGAGAGGCUGUACUUACACGAGCUUCUCAGCCAAGAGGCCCUCCCAGAUCCAUUGCUGUGUCACCCGAACGACGUCGAAGAAGGAGACGGCGACACUCCCAGCAACUGGACAGACAACGAUGACUUCACGUUUGGAGCGAAACCAGCACCUGGACUUUUUCGAGGAGCCAAGGUACUCUGUAUCGUGCACACUAAUGGUGUUCAUUAUCUUCCUUUCGUGUUUUGUCGCUGCCCGGAAGCCCCUUCGGACGAGAUUCAACUGCUCCGCCAUAGUCUCUUUCCAGCAACAUUCAGAGACAUCAGGACGGCGUUUACGCACGCCCUCCUUGACGACUACCUGCUCGAGAUGUUAGAGUGCUUCACCUCAACACAUCAUUAUUACUCAAAGCUCCGACGCAUGACGAACAAGAGCUUCCCGGAUUCUGUACCGGAUCGCACACGCGAGCUCCGUAGGGCUGGGCGCCAAUGGCGGCGCUUGAAGGAUUUGAAACGCCACGGAAUAGGGCAUACAAACAAGACACCGGGACGAGGCGAGAUGGCACUCUUUUGCGCGGCUUGCCCUCAACCUGGGAUUAAUCUUCCCGAUAAUUGGAGAAGCGACCCGGAGGAUUGGAAGUACCAGAGAAGCUUGGUCGCUGAUGGAAACUUCGUGUGCGUUCAUCGAAAGCAGAAGAAUCAGGGAGAGGGCGACGUCUUUUUGAAAAAGGGAGAAGGUUUCAUGACUGAGAGGACUAGGUACAAAGCACACCUCAAAGAGGCAGAAGAACGCAAGGAGCCUCAAACUUGUCACGAACAUCGUGCCAUUGCUGAUAGAAGCAAAGGCCACAAAGGCUGCGAUGUCACAGGCAUUGGUGCGUUUGCGUGCAUGAGACAUGGUUGCUUUGCCCCAGGGAGUGUAGUGGAUUUCCAGAAGGGUGAAAGGCAGGUCAACAUGGAUUACGGCUUUUGCGAAGCACUGAAAACAACUCAUACGGACGAGCUAUCAAAAGUCCUGCUGGUAUAUGACAUCAACUGCCAGUAUAGUAAACACCUAUUCGAACGCAUCGAAGAGGCCAACCAUCUCGAUAUCAACGAGAAGCUAUCCAUAAUCUUUGGCAUCGGACUGUUCCAUGUUCACGGACACCAAGAUACAUGUUUUGCGCGAUAUGCACUGACAUUCAUACGUGGUGCGGGGAUGAGCGCUGGCGAGAUCCUCGAGCCACUGUGGUCGGUGAUCAAUCUGGCUGCUGGCCCCACGUCCAUGAUGACAUUGGCGCAGAGAGACGAGGUUCUCGACGACAUGAUGGCGGAUAAUAAUUGGAAGAAACUCUUGGGUCUUGUGCCAGGGAUCAGUAAGCGAUGGUUGACAAGCAUCGUCGAACUAGCCAUAGCCCAAGAAGACUUUGAACUUUUGGAUGAGACAGCAUCUGACGCUCAACGUAGACUGUGGUCUACCCAGCUGGAAAACACUCACAUUGAAAGAGAGGAUGACGUCGAGUGCAUGGACAUCCUGAAUGUGAAGCUCAACAAGCCACCAUCCAAGGCGAGGGUUCAGCACGAUUUAAUGGCCGCUGAGCAGGCACUCAAUACUGGGCUUGGCGUAACAUCCUGGCUGAUGUCAGGAAUCAAGCUGCAGGACGCACAGGAUAACCUCAGAGCCUUCAUCGCUGGUUUGCCAAGGGAGAGCCUCCGUACCGACCAACAACGCCUGGACCUGAUGAAGCGCAGGGAGAGUUUGCAGUCCGCCAUCAAUACCUUUUACGAGGAUGGUGCGGUGAUUUUCCCCAACGUCAACUUCUACGAGUUACAAUGCGAAAAUCCCCCAGAAGAGGCAAUCGAGAUAGAAGGGGAUGAUGAUGGAAAUCGCGAGGACAACCCCAGGAACCCAUUUUCCAUCUCACAGAAUGAACCAGAAGACGUUGACAUCCCUCUACCCUCUUCGUUUAGAGACCUUCCCAAUGCCCUUGGCAGUGCGGCUGCCAAGGAACUCAGAUUGCGUGUUGCCCAGGCUGACGAUGCACUGGAGUCCGUCAGGAUCGAAAUCGGCCACAAGUCAUACCUAUACCGCUCGAAUAUCCGCUUGGCACAUGGAAAACAGCAGCGAUUGCGAGGAUAUGCAGCAGUUAAAGCAGUCGAUCGCAGCAUGCGGUUUCACCUCAAAUCGUACAACCGAGCAAGGUGGGCUCUUUCAAGAUUGAAUGCCGAACCCGAGUUGUUGCAACGGUACAGGGAAGUAAGGAGGGAGGAUACCAGGGCAAUAACUGCCGUGUAUGAACCGAACGCUCGGAAUCAAAGGAAUGUGGCAUUAUCUUGGAUUUGGACUAUAAAUGUAGAAGGCGACUCGGCAAAUUCAGAGUAUUUGGAAGAGCUCUAUCGCGUGAAUUGGUUGCGCGCAAAGUCACGAGCAGAGCGUUGGAGGGAGGAGCAUGUUUUACUCACCUCAGAGAUGGAGUGGGUGCCAAACUUCUUUGCGUUCAAGGAGGAAGAAUGUAAAGCAUGGGCCACGCUGACGCGAGAUUUACCGGGCCAUCGCGCGUAUGCGAAUCGCCAAGCAAAUAUGUGGAGGCUGAUGGGAGCGCAUGCCGAGAAGGCUUUUGGGGAGGUGAAAACCAAAGGCCGAAAUCCGAGUAGGGUUAGGGUUUAA